AUGAUGAGAUACUUGGAAAAAGUCCGCCAAGAAGUACAACAGCUGACUAGCUUCGAAAUACAACAUAUACCCCGGUCUGAAAACAGCAAGGCAGACGCCUUAUCCAAGUUGGCCAGCUCUGCGUCUUGCGACACACCGCGUCAUGUAUUUUGGGAGGUAAAGCAGACCAAGAGCAUUGAUGUCUCAAGAACGGCCAUCCUUGACCGGACAGCCACUUUGAUGGACGAUAUAGUCAAUUUCAAAAUGAAUGGCGUACUCCCUGAAAAUCUCAAGCAGGCAGAAAGAUUGCAAAAGAAAUGCACCUGGUUCGAGAUAUGGAAUGGGACUUUAUACAAAAAAGCCUUCUCACGGCCUCUUCUCCGCUGCGUAACCCCAGAAAAGGGGCACGAAGUACUGGAAGAUCUGCAUCAGGGAGUAUGCAGCUCUCACAUAGGGGGGAAGGCCUUGGCAGAAAAAGCUCUAAGAACUGGAUAUUAUUGGCCCACUCUCAAAGAAGACGCCCUUGACUUGGUUAAGCGAUGUGAUAAAUGUCAACGGUUUGCUCAUCUAAUUCGACGACCGGCUCAGAAGCUAACACCCAUCACAAGCCCCAUACCAUUUUCCAAAUGGGGGAUGGACUUACUAGGUCCUUAUACGACGGCCCCAAGAGGACUGCGCUAUGUGAUAGUUGAUGUAGACUAUUUCACCAAAUGGGUAGAAACCGAAGCCCUAAAAAACACCAAGGCACAGGACGUGAGAGCCUUCAUUUGGAAAAAAAUCAUUACAAGAUUCGGGAUGAAAAAGAAGCUUGAUGAAGAAAAAGGGUUGUGGGCCGACGAGUUACCCAAUGUCUUAUGGUCUAUACGGACAACGACAAAAAACUCCACAGGAGAAACACCAUUCUUAUUAGCAUAUGGAGCUGAAGCCGUCCUACCAAUUGAAAUGUGUGAACCAACUCUGCGCGUCAUGUUAUUUGAUGAAAAUACCAAUUGGGAAAUGAUGAAGGAGGCCUUGGAUUUCCUACCAGAAACCAGAGGGAAUGCGGCUCUACGCCAGCAACUAUACAAACUCCGAAUGACUAGAGAGUAUAAUAAAAGAGUCUCUAGAAGAAUCUUAAAGGUUAGAGAUUUUGUGCUAAGGAAGAUGGAAGCCGUUGGACGCGCUAAUGAACAAGGGAUACUCACCCCUACCUGGGAAGGUCCAUACGAGAUCUAUGAGGAAUCUGAGAAGAAGGCUCAACCAUCAAUAGCAACAACGACAUAUAUAGAAGUGGCAGAGGAAACAAGAACAAAGAAAGUUGGGGUAGCAGCUCCAACACCUCGGCGGUGGAUGGUGGACGGUGGACGAUGGAGAAAGGGAAGCCGAUAUAGGUGGUUGAGCAGUGGUGGCGCAGCACCGAAGGGAUCACCGGCAGAAGGUGGUGGCAGGUUGACGGAAGUUGGUUGGAAAUGCUUAACAUCUUUUUGA